AUGCAAAAGGUCUCGAUGAUUCCACUCAUCUCCUUCGACGCCGUCGUCAACGUUUAUCUUACCAUUCUCUUCCUCAUUCCUCUCAAGAGUAAGGCCAGCCAGGCAUUCCAGCAAGCCAGUCUAUACUCCUUCAAGAAUUUCCCCAAAACAACUGCAAACAUCCGACUUAGAAGUGUCGCCCUCCGCACCUUUGUUGGUGCUCUGUGCACGCUCACCAGUAGCAUUGUUAACUUGACUGUACUCAUGGCCCUCAACGGUGAGCCCGGUUGGGUCUGCCUUAUGUGCUGCAACAGCGACAUCCUUUUCUCUGCCAUUGUUGUACAGUGGGUUACUUCGAAGGAUAACCAAGCUACCAUCGGCUCGUCGAGCGGUAACUCCCGAGGUGAAGACUUCCGCCGUCCGGACGGCGCUCCCUACUCGCCCCACAUCGCACCGAGCCAGAAGCACGUCAUGGGCGAUGUUGGCGAGAUUUCGCUGGACAGCCGACGCUCCAACUCUGCCACCAGCGACGACAAGAUUUCGUCAGAGGGAGAACGUACGCGCAGGACAUCAUCGGCCGGGUCGGUGCCUGCGAGCGGCGUCUACGUGACAACCACGAUCAAGCGAGAGUCGAAGCCGACACCGGCCGUUUUCGAGGAGAUGGAUAUUGAAGAAGGCUAUGCCGAGUCUAACAGGUCAACUCGGCCGAUCAGCGGACGCGAUUCGGACUUUGACAAAUACGCCGCUGGCUCACGAACGAAGAUCACGGCCGGAAAGCGCUAA